UUAACACUUAGACGUCCAGGUAUUGCACCCAACCGCCCAUCUAAGCCGUUGUGCAUCCAGCUCUAGAGAACAGGAUAGAAACGAGGUCAAAACUUGAUGGGGUCACUCUGUCAUGCAAUCGCGAAUACAAUUCUUAUAUGCCAAGCCCUGUUCGGUCUGCUCUUCUCUACGCCGUUCAACGCCAUUGGAGAUCUGAUACCCAAAUCCGGAAACAUCCAUUCCAGGAUCCAACGUUUCUCCUGCCGCCCUGAUCGUGCGACGGACUAUGACGGAAACGACGGCUCAAACAAGGCUUGUUGUCCGGAGUUGACCCGGUCCAUGAGCAUUAUGUGCUGGACGCACCCGGCAUCCCACCAACAAGUGUUCAUCCCCAGGACAAUCGCUGCUUCAAUCAUAUCACAAUCUACGUACUGGGAUAAUAUCAUGGCCUCCUAUGUCGGUUGAAAGGAAACAAUCACCGAGCCAGUUGGCUGGUAAGAGUCAUCAGCCACUCAAGUUAAAGGGGAGCUUUGGAUGACGGGCAAAGCCCUGAGCGGGUGAUGAUUCUACAAAUAGACUCUCAAUGCGCAGCCCAUCCCGCUCUCGCCAUGAUAUAGGGAAAGCUAACGUCAUGUGAAAAGUGAUAGUCCGAACAACAGGUAGCUGCCGACGAGACAUAAACUGGAGUUCUUCAGAUAUCCU